UGCAGCGUAAGGAGAAAAGCAGAGUGGGAGCGCAUAUUUAGCACAGCAUCAUUAGCAGUGUGUAGGUGGAGGGAGGAAGAUGGAUGACCGCAGAACGGGCAGCACGGGAAACAGCCACAAAAAGUCAAGCGGUGCCAGAUGAUUUCCUCAGAAAUUGUGCCGCAUGCCAGGGGACUCUGGCACCCCGGGGACCUCCCGGCACACCAGUGUCAUCAUCACCGACGGCAGGAAAGCCAUCCUGCAGGUGAAGCAUCUUGUGUCUGCCAGGCACGGUGACUGCCUGCGAGCCUCCCUGUUCCUCGGCAGAGCCUGGAGGAGACUCUUCUCAGCCUAAAGAUUUCCACUCAUGGUGCUUGCAAACGCUGGAGGGAACUGGCAAACCGCUGAGUGGGUCCGAGAGGCUGUUCCCGUCCAGCUCCCGUCAGGAGGACUGCCUCCCCUUGCGGUUCCUCGGCAAUCGAUCCAGUGCCCGGCUGCCAGACCCGGCUCUAUGCAUGUAGUGGGAUUCACAGGACUUGAAAGGAAAUGCAAAAAAUAGCCCUUUUCCAAACACCACAAAGCUAAGUGUAAAUAUCGGGAUGGUAAAUAUGUUUUAUAAUGGUCAAUAUUGUUUUUAAAAGGUUGGGUCUGGCAAAUACUGGAUGUGUGAAUCUAAUGUUCCUUUACUUCUUGUAAAAGGGACUAAUCAGCACUUGGGUAUUUAUCUUCAUCAGCUACGCGGUUAUGAGCAUAAUUUUGAUUUUUUUUAACUGAUCAUGUAAGAGUCACUGCCUAGACGAUUGGUGCUUGGACCCUCGCUUCAAAACAUGCCUCUCUCCUACCAUGACUCAGAUUUCUGUUGAAGGGGAAGAUGAAGCCAGCCCAGACCUCAGCUUUGGAAACAGACAUGGGCUCCAUCUCAAAUCACAGAUAUUUCAGAAAUGACACAGACUCCUCUGAAGAUCAGUCUUUUGCUUUGUUUGACAUCCAUAUUUUGAUGCCCAUGACUAUAAUUUCCAUCAUCCUGUUUUUCUUGGGAGUCUCUGGGAAUUUGAUAGUGAUAGCCAUUUUCAGACACUCACAGGAGAUGAGGACGAUGGUGAACAUGUACGGCUCCAGCAUGGCGCUGUCGGACAUGCUGAUUUUCCUCAGCCUGCCUUUGGACCUCUACCACCUUUGGAAGUACAAGCCCUACAUAUUUGGGGAUUUUCUCUGCAAGUUCUUCAUUUACCUGAGUGAAACAUGCACAUACUGCACCAUCCUGCACAUCACCAUUGUGAGCGUGGAGAGGUACUUCGCCAUCUGCUUUCCCCUGAAAGCCAAAGCGACCAUCACCAAGUGCCGGGUGAAACGGCUCAUCCUGGUGCUGUGGGGCUGCUUCCUCCUGACCACCAGCCCCAUCCUCUUCCUCUUCUGGGUGGAACACCCCAAAGGCAGCCUGUCCCAGAAGAGCCAGGAGUGCAGGUCCAUUGAGCGCAUGGCCCACAUGGGGCUGCUCGAGAUGAUGACCUGGGUCUUCACCAUUUAUUUCUUCCUGCCAGUGCUCUGCUUGACUCUGCUGUAUGGACUCAUCGGCAGAAAGUGCUGGCGGAGCAGGCACGGCUGCCGGGCUGUGGGCAGGAAAAGUUCCCACACGCAGACUGUCAAAAUGCUGGCUGUUGUAGUCUUGGCCUUUGUGCUGUGUUGGCUCCCGUUCCAUGUUGGCCAAAUCCUCUUCGCCCAGAGUGAAAUCAUCCUGUAUGACCUCACGCAGUACUUCAACCUCAUUGCCAUGCUUCUCUUCUACCUUGGGGGCUUCUAUAAACCCCAUACUUUACAACAUCAUGUUGCACAAAUACAGGAAAGUGAUGAGCAAAAUCCUGCACCACAAGUGAACUCGGCGCUGCAGGAGCCAUACCAGGAGUGAAAAGGUUUCUUUUGAAGGUACAGAACUUGGCUCUUUCACAUCAACUGUUCAGCAUUGACUUAAUUCUCACAACCCAAGCAUUUUGCCAGCUGUGUUGCAGGUUAAAACCUGGGUAGAUGGUGUGCAUGGAGACUGGAACAAAUUUUAAGGCGGUCCUUUUGGCUUACCUCUCACUGUUUCCUGAGAUAGGCUUGGAACAUUUUGGGAAGGUUGGAGCCUAUUCAUGUUAUUCCUGCACCUAGGGGCAGGCACACGGGGGAGGCUGGGCUAUUCUCUUUGGUGAACUUACCAGCCACAGUGCCCAGCUUAACUGACCACAAAACUCCUGUGAAGGGAUUUGUCCCUUUCUGAGGACCAGAUGUUUUGUUAAAUCACAGAUAAUUCAAGUUACUUUCUUCCCACAGAAGCCUAGAGAGAGAGGGUGGAGAUUAAAGCCAGGCCAGCGGUUUGCUCUCAGCAAAUAAGUGCAAGAAAUACAAUCUCUAAGGUACUUGAAAGCAAUUGCAUUGCCUUCUUCCUAAAGGCUGUAUUUACUGCUCAACCCUCAGGCCUCUUGAGUCGCUUCUCUCAUUUUCUUUUAUCUUGUUCUUUAUUCAAACUACACCCAGCUUUCUGCAACGUUAGACCCCAUCUCUAACCUCUGUGGGAAGAAAGAGUCCUUACCUUUAGAGCUCCUCUGAACGGACCAGGGACAAAUGACACAUGGGCCAUCGCUGGGGAGGGAAGCAAGAGCAGAAGCCAUCUAUCUGCCCAUCUCCCUCGUCUGUAAAACAGGCAAACGCCGAGUCCCGAUCACCAGUUCACAGGCUGUCCCAAGACCUCGUGUAAAAGGGUUCAAGUCACACUGCCUGGUCCCCGGGCUGACACAGCUCUUGGAAAAGAGGAGGACAGUGCUGCGCUAAGGCUCCCGCAAGUAGCUGUUCUUCCAAAAAGAUUUUUUAAGUCAGCUCUUAAUGACACUUAGCAACCACGCUAAACAU